UGCGCAGAGAGAGCUGCGGGCGGCAGUCGGUUGGUCCAGCGGCGGAGCUCCAGGGUCUCGGGUCACCUUCGGCACCGUCCCGAAGCCGCUCGGGCGGGGUCGGAGGGUAGAGCCGGAGCCGGCGGCCUCACAGCGCGCGUGGCGCAUGCGUGCCGACGGGAUGCCGGGCCGUUGUCCCGGGGCCGCAGAGCUGCCCGCGUUGGCCAGGACGGAAGGCGGCGACGGGUCAGCUGGACAUUUUUAUCACCAGAAUUCCAAAGGCACUGGGGAGCAGCAUAAAGCAGAUAGAAUCAAAGAGGGACACAGAAUGUACUCACACAUUGCCAAGCUGCAGGAGUUAUGGAAAACUACUCAGAUGCAAACAAUUCAUAUCCCUAAAUCAGUGGCAGAUUCAUCUUUUCUGAAGCACCCAGACCUCACCUCAGGCCAGAAGCGCUACCUGUGCAGCAUUGCUAAGAUCUGCAGCUCCAGCUAUGUGAGGACCUUGAUGAAGAGGCAGUAUAUGCACAUGCUUCACCGCGGCUCACAAAAGCCAGGUGUCCUCGCUCCUCACAGGAGCCACAUCAGCUCUCGCUACUCACAGAAACAGCAUUCCCCCUGCACUGCAUGGCGACACCAUCUGGACAGAGGAGACGCUCUGAGCAUGGCAGCUGCAACACCUGAAAUGAUCAUACAUUCCCUUUGGCGACCACCGAGACACAAAGAAGGGUUAAAAAGUGGAUAUGUGUCGAAACCAAGAUGUAAGUCACUGAAGAGUUUUAGGAGACCAGGCAGACUGCUCUUGCUACCAGAUGAUUCUCAACCAUGCAUGAAUGAAGAUACAAAGGAGGAAGACCUCCUGAAUAAGUGUAUGCAGUCCAUGUCCAUUCAGGAGCCGGGCACAGCUCACCUCAACUCGACAGGCUCCACACCAACUUCAGCCAUCAGCUAACAUCCAGAUGCUGAGCCAGAGGUGGACGGGGAAGAGUUGUGAGCCAUGGAUGGGGCAGUGCUAGUCACCAGUAUGUCAUUUGGGUUGUUGAGAAAUUUAUACCCACCGUCUUCAUCCAGUAUACUUCUGUGUACCAAUGAUAGCUGUGUACUGUAUGCAGCUUGUUUCUAGCUGGGGACAAUGAAAACUUUACUUGCCAAUAAAACUGAAUUUUUAAAAAUGUA